AGAUACAACAAUUAAAAGCUUACGUCGAGCAGGCAAAAUCAUCCUCAUUUCUUUCUACGUAUUAUAAAAUAAAUUCAUUAAAAAUAUUUCCCGUCUUAAAGUAUUUAUCUUUAAAUAAAUAAUGGAUAUUAAUACGAUCUUAUUAUUUCCAAUACAAAUAUUUUCUUUACCACCUGAAAUAUUAUCAGCUAUUACAUUAAGAGAAGAUUCGACAAGAUCCUUGACGAAAUUAAUAUCAGAUUCAGAAACAAUAACAAAAAUAAAAGAAAUCGAUAGUUUUACUGAACAAAAUGAAAAUGACGAAAAUGAUCUUAUGAAACCUACAUGUUUCGUUUGUGGAAUAACAUCAUUUGAAAAUGUGGAACAACAAAGGGAACAUUAUAAAUUGGAUUGGCAUAGAUUUAAUGUAAAAAUGCGUGCUAUUAAUUUAGAACGUGGUAAAAACAAAUAUAAUCCAAUAACUGAAGAAGAAUUUGAAGAAUUAAUGGGUGACAGUUUAUCAAGUAUCUCAGGAUCAAACUCUGACACAACUGAUGAUGAUAUAACAAUGCGUGUAAAUAAUUUAAAAAUAGAUGAUAAUGAAUCACCUGAAAAAAAAAAUGCUGAACCAAUUUUAUGGUUUUCGUGCUCUCCAAUGACGAUUAAUUUAGGCAUUUACAAAAAUAUUCUAAAUAAUCUUGGAGAGAAUGCUAUUGAAGAUAUUCACAAGUUGCAAAUCAAGCCAAAUGAAAAAGAAAAUCCAAGAUUAUGGACAAUGCUAAUGAUUAGAGGUGGUCAUUUCGCAGCAUUGAUUUUGGAUAUUACAGCGAAUACAAAAGUAACUAAUGCUAAAGAAGUUAAAGUGAUAGUCCAUAAAACGUUUCAUCGAUACACAACACGUAGGAAGCAAGGCGGAAGUCAGGCUAGCAAUGAUAAUACAAAAGGGAAAGCCAAAUCUGCAGGUGCAGAAUUAAGAAGAUAUAAUGAAAGUGCUUUACAAAAAAGUAUUCGUGUUUUAAUUGAACAGUGGAAAUCGAUGAUUGAAGAAAGUGAACUUAUUUUUAUUCAUGCACCUGGUAACAACAAAAAUAUUAUUUAUAAUUAUGAAGGAGCAGUUUUAAAGAAAGAUGAUAGAAGAAUUAGGAGUUUUCCAUUUUCUACUAAACGCCCGACUUUUACUGAGUUAAGAAAAACUUUUAUAGAACUAACUAGAGUAAAAGUUUUAGAAGUAAAAGUAAAUGAAGAUAGUCAAGAACCUUCAAAAAAUAAGUUAACAGAGAAUAACUUGAUAAAUUCCCAAAUUGUUAUAGAAUCAUUAGAAGAAAUAAAAGGAUCAAAAGAAACCCCAAUAGAAUCUGUUGAACCAGUUGAACCGGUUGAACCAGUUGAAUCAUCGAAUAAUUUAGAACAAGCAUCUAAUAAAGUAAUUAAGAUGAUUCAACUUAUAAAAAAAGGGAAAUUUGAUUUAUUUGUGAACCAUAUCACCAAAAAUUCUAUUGACGUUACAGAGCUCCUUCCUAUCACAACAAUAUCCGAGAAUGAUAACAGUAAAUUACCAACUUUAUUACACUUAGCGUCAUAUUUGGGUCAUCAUGAUAUUGUUGAAUAUCUUUUACAUCAAGGAGCAGAUCCAACGAUCACUUCGAAAAAGAAUGUGACACCUUAUGAUUUAGCAAAUGAUAAAGAAACACGUAAUAUAUUUCGAAGAUAUAUGGCAGAGCAUAUGGAUAAGUGGGAUUGGACUAUCGCUCAUGUGCCUAGUCCUUUGACAAAAGAAAUGGAAGAAGAACAACAAAAUAAACUAAAAGAAAAGAAAAAGAAGAAUAAAGAAAAAAAGAAAAAAACAACAAUUAAUAAAAAAGAAAAAGAAUUAGAGGGAAAAACUGUAACUGAAAGUAUUGAACCUAAAUCAGAAUCAUUAAUAUCAGCGUCGUCAAAGAAAUUAACGUCAAAUAAAACACCUGAUAGUUCUAGUUCACUAAUUGGAUUACCACCCGAAAUGCGUAUGAAAAUUGAAAGAGAGCGUCGUGCCAGAGCUGCCGAAGCACGAUUAAAAUCUACACCAAUAAACCUCCCCUCAAUAGGAAACGUUGUUUGCACUAUAUGUGGAAAAUCUCUUUCUGAAUUAGUGCCUUUCGAAGUAUCCGAAUUGAAAUUUUGUAGUGUUAAAUGUGUAAAAAAUUAUAGGGAAUCAACAUUAUAGAGUAAAAAUAAUAACAGAUAAUUAGGAUUUAGAAUUUAAUGAUUAAUAAUUAAUAUUCUAUUAACAUUAGUUUUUAUUUAAACCGUAAUGCAAUUAUAUUGUUUAUCACGCGCUAACCCAUAUAUAUUAUUAAAUUAU